AUGCAGGACCUGGAGGAAGCAAUAAAAUUGCAUCGUGAAGCGCUGUCUCUCCGACCCUCCCCUCAUUCUGAUCGCUUUAGCUCCCUCUUCAACCUCGCAUUUGACUUAUGGUCUCGUUUUGAGCAGACAGGACAGCUGCAGGACUUAGAGGAAGCGAUAGACUUGGAUCGCCAAGCCCUCGCUCUCCGACCCCUUGGUCAUUCUGAUCGCUCUACCUCCCUCAGCAACCUUGCAGUGGACUUACGGACUCGUUUCAAGCAGACAGGGCAGCUGCAGGACUUAGAGGAAGCGAUAGAAUUGGUUCGCGAAGCACUGUCUCUCCGACCCCCUGGUCAUUCAGAUCGAUCCAGCUCCCUCAGCAACCUCUCAGCUAGCUUACGCUCUCGUUUCAAGCGGACAGGGCAGCUGCAAGACCUAGAGGAGGCGAUAGAAUUGGAUCAUGAAUCGCUGUCUCUCCGACCCCCUGGUAAUUCUGAUCGCUCUACCUCCCUCAACAACCUUGCAAUGAACUUUUGGACUCGUUUCAAGCAGACAGGGCAGCUGCAGGACCUAGAGGAAGCGAUAGAAUUGGAUCGCGAAGCGUUGUCUGCCCUAUCCCCUAGUCAUUCUGAUAGGUCCAGCUCCCUCGUCAACCUUGCAGCGGACUUGUCGAUUCGUUUCAAGCAGACAGGGCAGCUACAGGACCUAGAGGAAGCAAUAGAAUUGGAUCGCGAAGCGCUCACUUUCCGACCCCCUGGUCAUUCUGAUCGCUCCACCUCCCUUAACAACCUCGCAAUUGAUUUGCGUUCUCGUUUCAAGCGGACAGGGCAGCUACAGGACCUAGAGGAGGCGAUAGAAUUGGUUCGCGAAGCGCUGUCUGUCCUAUCCCCUGGUCAUUCAGAUCGGUCCAGCUCCCUCGUCAACCUUGCAGCGGACUUGUCGACUCGUUUCAAGCAGACAGGGCAGCUGCAGGACCUAGAGGAAGCGAUGGAGUUGAAUCGCGAGGCUCUGUCUCUCCGACCCCCUGAUCAUCCUGAUCGGCCCAGCUCCCUCAACAACCUCGCAAUUGACCUGUUUUCUCGUUUCAAGCAGACAGGACAGCUGGAGGACUUGGAGGAAGCAAUGGAAUUAGACCGGGAGGCGCUGUCUCUCCGACCGCUUGGUCAUUCUUAUCGCACAUACUCCCUCAACAAUCUCGCAUAUUGCUUGUGGUUUCAUUUUGAGCAGACGGGGCAGGUGCAGGAUCUGGAGGAAGCGAUAGAAUUGAAUCGCGAAGCGCUAUCUCUCCAAGUCCCUGGUCGUCCAGAUCUCUCCUUUCCUUUGGACACCCUCGCAAAUUGCUUGCACUCUCGUUUUGAACAGACAGGGCAGAUACAGGAUCUGGAGGAAGCGAUAGAAUUGAAUCGCGAAGCGCUAUCUCUCCGACCCCGUGCAUUAUCCAGAGAGGAUGAUCUGAACGAGGCCUUCCAUCUGUUUACCACUGCGACUGAAAGCCGAAUUACUGGUGUGGGACAACGGCUCUCAACUGCGCAAUCGUGGGUGCGCUCGGCUCGCGAGUUCAAACACAAUUCCCUCCUUUCGGCAUAUGUACAAUGUGUGGCCCUCCUCCAGCGUGGCCUCGCCAUCAGCCCCAGCUUGGAGUUGCAGUGGAAAUCCCUCACCAGGGACUCGUCGUCCCUUGCAGUUGAUGCUGCAUCGUCUGCUAUUGAUAAUGGCCAAUUAGAUGUCGCGGUCGAGAUGCUGGAGCAGGGACGAGCCUUGCUUUGGUCUAGAAUGAAAGGCUAUAGGCACCCUGUUCUACAACUUCGCGCUAUCAAUGAAGCACUCGCCGACAGGUUUGAGACCGUCAGCAAUCAGUUGGAGCAGCUCGCCACCUCACAAUCGCGUCUCGUGCCUGAUGCAUCAGAACGCACCCCACGAUUCACCACUGCAUGGGAUGAACAAUGGAAGCAACAGCGUAUCCUGUCGGAUGAAUGGAAUGAUAUUGUCGGACGCAUCCGUCAGAUCGAUGGGUAUUCAGACUUUCUGCAGCCAGUGCCAUUUGGACGUCUGAAGCACGCCGCCGCGGAAGGACCUGUCAUCAUAGUCAACGUCUCCUCAUACCGAACGGACGCUUUGAUUCUUCGAGAUGCCACUUCUGAGCCUACCCUCGUUCCCCUCGCCGACUCGUCAUAUGCCGAAGUUGGCAAGCUUUCCGAACAGCUCGGCCAAGCUCGAAGACGCGGUGAGGAUACCCUCGCUGCCGCGAUGCACGAUAUUUUGUCCGCGUUGUGGAAACUGGUCGCUCAACCAGUGGUCGAUCAACUUCGAACUCUCGGAGUUACCGAGGGGUCCAGGAUCUGGUGGUGUCCGACUGGGAAGUUGUGUUCUCUCCCGCUGCACGCUGCUCAUCCACUAAUCACAGGCCAGCGCGGUCUUCCGGAUCUUUUCAUAUCUUCUUAUACUCCUACACUCUCUUCGCUCAUUUCCGCGAGGGAGAACCUACCUGCGACUCACUCUGGGUACCCCAAGCUCCUUACCGUCGGUCGACCAGACGACUCUCUACGGUGGGUAGAUGCGGAGUUGAAAGGGAUAAAUGACCUCGGGGACUUUGUCGACACCGUUGUCGAGGACCAGGCGACCCCUCACGCAGUGCUCGAGAAUCUUCAAAGUCACCCAUGGGCUCACAUCGCUUGCCACGGUCAUCUUGAUGAUGACCAACCGUUCAGGUCGUCGUUCAAGCUCUAUGGAGGCUCUCGCUUGACUGUGAUGGAUAUCUUGCAGUCCCGCCUUCCCAAUGCAGAAUUUGCAUUCCUGUCUGCCUGUCAUAGUGCUGCGGGCGACUAUGUGCAUACGCCCGACGAAGUCUUACACUUGGCAGCGGCGAUGCAGUUCUGCGGGUUCCGCAGUGUUGUUGGGACGCUGUGGGGGAUGGCGGAUGAUGAUGGGCCAGUUCUUUCUCGAGCAUUCUACAAGUACAUGCUCCGCCAUGGUGAUCCCACCAAGGUGGAUUUCAAGGAUUCAGCGAUGGCGCUGAGAUCUGGGAUCAGGGCGUUGAGGAAGACAAACGUCCCUGUUCAUCGAUGGGCUGCAUUUGUCCACAUCGGUGCAUGACGGACGACGGGUAAUGCAGUGUUUAUGCUCGAAGAAAGUCGUUUUCUGAAGUGUCACGGAGCCAUCUCGUUCCUCGUGUUCCGCUUUUCGACCUCUGUUCAAUGCCGUUGCUGUUUUCUUCAUUUUGCGCUUUCUUUGCUUUCGUGCCCCGUUUUUCUAUGCUGAUUACCAGAUCCGACCGCUUUGCUUCUUAAUUCCUGCUCGCUCUGCUAACUGCUCUCUCAGUCACGCCGACGUUUUUCUUCCCGACCAUUGCUUGUCCAUGCAGGUGAAACUGCCAUGUGUCAUCGGACUGGACGAUUGGGUUGAUCACGAAGAUUCAAAUCUCAACGCGUCGUGGGACCCCAAGGUGGCGUUCGAAGACGCCAUUGACACCCGCAGGGAUCUCAUCAACUAGAUACUGAACAAGAUCCCGGACAUUGAUUGGGUCGACGAACUUCCCAAGUGGUGAUACACCUCACAUCUAGUUCGCACCCUCUUCGUCCGCACCCCUCGUUUGUUAGCAUUUUGUUCCAUAAAUUGAAUCUAUUGUUCUUGGGUUUGUC